AAUAGGGUUUUAAUAUCAGCAUUUAAUGUUUCAGGCACAAGCAACAACUAAACCAUAUUCGGAAUUCUUAAGAGAGAACGGAAAAACUUCAAUAAUAAAUGCGAUGGAAGCCAAUGUUAGAUACCUAAAAUCUAUGCUCUCUAACCUGAAAGCUAGCAGAGCAGUAAGUUUAUUGGAACUGGAGCGAUAUAAAUACCUCUAUCAAGAAGAAUUAAGCUUCAGAAAAUCACUUCAGUGUUACCUAAACGAGAGUAACAAGAAUUUGGAGACAAGCAGAACAAAACUUCACAUGGAAAUGCAGCCCAGCAGAUCCGAAGUAAAUGCACAAAACUCAAGGCCUUUCACCGGGUGCUCUUCUGCUGGCUAUUUUGAUAGCAACCCAGAACCCAGAAUGCAGCAACAGUCCCAAUUUAAUUAUAAAUGGAGAAGCAAUAGAGGAACUGACACCCAACCGUGUUUCUAUUGACAAAUAAUGAACAAUUUGAAACUAUUGGAGGAAUUUCUAUAGCAGAUAAGAAAAUGGAUUAUCUACUGAUUAUACUUUAUAUUUCAGUAUUGAGAGAUUAUUAUCUAUCAUAUAUUAGAUGUGGCUUAUGGAAAUUUUUAUAUAAAUAAACGAAUAAAAUGUAUAUGAGUAAAGCAAGAAUUGUAGGCAUGCCAAUAUUCUGAAAAUUGAAAAGAAUUUUAAGGAAUGUUUUCCAAAACUGUAUAUGUUCAAUAUAGCACACUCAGUUAUAAAUAAAAUGCUUUAUUAAAUAUUCCA